GGCGCGCGAGUUGUGGGGUUUGAAGUAGUCGAGAAUCAGACAGUCAGUAGUAGUACAGCGAGUUGCGAGUAGUAGUAGUAGUAGCAAAGUAGUCGAGAGCAGUGUUGCGAGUCAGAACAGUCAGUAUAACUAGUAGUAGUAGUAGCAAAGUAGUCGAGAGCAGUGUUGCGAGUCAGAACAGUAAGUAUAGCGAGUAUAGUAGCAAAGAGAAAAUAGUUAAUUGCAAUGGAACCUGUUGCAAAGAGAGGCCGCUCCGAGAUGUGGGAGCACUUUAAUUUGAUUUCUCCUAACAAGGUCCAAUGUUUGGUUUGCCAUCAACAGCUGGCCUAUAAUAAUAACACCUCAUCCAUGCUGAGGCAUUUCCGUGCUAAGCAUGAGGCUGGCCAAGCUGCAGCGAGCAUCCGGGGCGAUAGAAAGGCCAAGAUUGAUGAGGCACUGGUGAACAUGAUUGUCCAGGAUUCCCAGCCUUUCAAGGUUGUGGAUGAUCAAGGUUUCAGAGCCUUGGUUUCCCUUUUGGACCCUACGUAUGUCCUUCCAUCAAGGCAGACCUUGAAGUCCAUGAUGGAGGCAAGGUAUCGUGAGGAGAAGCAGAAGGCCAAAGACAAGGUUCAGAAGGCUACUGCUGUGGCCUUGACCUCGGAUAUGUGGACAUCCAUCCACAUGGAUUCCUACCUGGCCUUCACUUGCCAUUUUGUGGAUGAGGAAGACAAGUUGGCGACUGUUUUGCUGGCAGUUGCUAAGUUUGGGGAGCGCCACACUGCAUCCAACAUUGCAACUGUGAAAGGGUCAAUUCUGGAAGAGUGGGAAAUACCCAAAGCAAAGGUCAUGUGCCUUACUACAGAUGGUGCCUCAAAUAUGCACCUCUGUAGUAGCAUCAUGGAGGUAAGGCACAGCCACUGCAUUGCUCAUGCCUUGAAUUUGGUGGUGAAGAAGGCCCUCAAACUAACCCCAGGUCUGGAGGAGGUGCGCACUAAGGCAAGAGAUAUUGCCACUUACUUCAGGACCAGCACUGUAGCCAGAGAGCGGCUUCUCUGCCUUCAAAACCAAAUGGGUGGUCCAACAAAUAAACUCAUUCAAGAGGUGGACACAAGAUGGAACAGCACCUUAGACAUGCUCCAAAGACUGUACGAGCAGAGAGAGCCAGUGGGUGCAGCCUUGGCCUCUCUUCAGACAGAUGUGGCACCAUUGACCUCCAAUCAAUACCACAGCAUAAGUCAGUGCAUUUCUCUUUUGGCCCCUCUCAAAGAAGCCACAGUUGAGCUUUCUGCCGAGAAACGUGUCAGGUUCGAAAAUAAUUCCGCUGGUGAAGAUGCUGCGGCACAUUAUUGCAACAAAACAAAGGCAGCUUACAGAUGAAAUGGCCAGAGAUUUGGCUAAACAUUUGUUAACCCUAACGUCUGAAAAGCUUGGGAAUUAUGAGGUUGCAGGACAGCAUGCUCUGGCCACUCUCCUGGAUCCUCGUUUUAAAACCAUGGGGUUUUGCAACACCACACACCAGCAAAAUGGUGUUAAAAAACUUAUGGCAGAAUGUGCCACUGUUAUAAGGCAAAAAACACCUGAUCCGGCACCCUCCGAUGAUCCUACCCCAUCAACUUCACAUGAUGCACCUUCAACCUCUGAUUCAUCAGGCCUGUGGGAGCUGUUGGAUGCACAAGUUUUGGAGAAGAGGAAGGUCAAAAGUGCUACAGCCAAUGCCUCUGUAGAGACGAACCGGUACCUUGCAGAGCCCAACAUUCCACGAAAUGAAGACCCACUUGAGUAUUGGGUCAAG